GGUUCGGGUGUCCGGUGUUAGAAUGAGCGGCUGGGCGGGUUUUUCUGACGAGGAGCUGCGGAGAAUCCAGCAGAAAGACUCAGCUGGACCAGCUGCCGCAGUCCGCGGUCGGAAGCCGCCUCCGUCCGGCCGGAGUCGGCAGCAGUUACAGCGGGAGAGAGCCCUGCAGUUAGCCGGGGCACAGAGCCUCCCACUGGGCCAACAGCUCAGCCAGCCGCCGCCGAAGGAGCUGCCAAAGCCCGCUGCCCGGCCUGGAGCUCCGGGAGGCGGGCAGGAGGCGCCACCUGCAGCCCGGCCAGGAGCUCCGGGAGGCGGGCAGGAGGCGCCACCUGCAGCCCGGCCAGGAGCUCCGGGAGGCGGGCAGGAGGCGCAGCAGAAAUCCGCUGACAUGGAGCCAAAUGAAAACCAUCAGCCGGAGGAAACAAGCCGGGAGAUUAAAGAACUGGAGAAACAAGAGGCGGAGUUGCGAGAGCGGAGCCGCCUGGAGCUGCUGCAGCUGGAGCAGAAACUGAUGGAGGAGAGAAACAAACGCAAGAAGGCCCUGCUGACGAAAACCAUCGCUGAGAAGUCCAAACAGACCCAGGCCGAGGCCGUGAAGCUGAGGAGGAUCCAGAAGGAGCUGCAGGCCCUCGACGACAUGGUGUCCAACGACAUCGGCAUCCUGAGGGGGAAGAUCGAGGAGGCCAGCUGGGACUACACCGCUGCCAGGAAGCGCUACGAGAAGGCCGAGGCCGAGUACGUGACGGCCAAGCUGGACCUGCACAGGAAGACGGAGCUGAAGGAGCAGCUGACGGAGCAUCUCUGCGCCAUCAUCCAGCAGAACGAGCUGAGGAAGGCCCACAAGCUGGAGGAGCUGAUGCAGCAGCUGCAGGUGGAGGCCACCGAGGAGGAGGAGGAGGGGAGGAGGAACUGUGCUCAGAGGAGCGGGCAAGAAGCUGUGGAGGGAGGGGCACCACCAGCCGAGGAGGAGGAGGCGAUGAAGGAGGGAGGAGAGCAGAAAACGUUAGAAAACUGUGGCGAGGCAGAACCCGUGUCCUCCUGA